CGGGUAUAUAAUAUCGAAAAACGGUCCACUCGAGUGUUUUUUUCCCUCCAGUCACAAAUGCUAGCACGCCGACUUCCGUCUACGGCGGCUGCUUUCUCACGCCGGUGGGCCGGACUGCCGAACUUGGGCCGUACUCCGUCGUCUCUGCAAUCACUCCCCGUUUUCCGUAAUAAAAUUACCCUGAUUGCCUUCUGUUCCACCGCAGAACACACCGAGUCAAUCCCCCAGCCCUCGUCAAAACAAGGUGCUCUUAAACCCGGUUUAUACUUGGUCGGAACUCCGAUUGGAAAUCUUGAAGAUAUCACCUUCCGGGCUCUCCGUGUCCUGAAAUCAGCCCAUGUGAUACUUUCAGAGGACACUAGGCAUUCAGGGAAGUUGCUCCAUCACUACAACAUCAAAACUCCUCUUCUGAGCUAUCACAAGUUCAAUGAAUCCCAGAGGGAACAGACGGUGUUAAAGAGGUUGAAGGAAGGUGAGAUCGUUGCGCUUAUAAGCGAUGCUGGGAUGCCAGGCAUUAGUGAUCCUGGUACGGAACUGGCAAAACUCUGUGCAAAUGAAAAUAUUCCUGUUAUUCCUAUACCCGGACCGUCUGCUUUCGUGGCUGCUCUCUCUGCUUCAGGCCUGUCUACUGAUGAGUUUACUUUUGUUGGAUUCCUCUCUAAACAUUCUGGAACUAGAAAAGAGAGACUAGCAGUUUCUGCAAGUGAGGCAACAACACAGAUAUUUUAUGUUCCUCCCCACAAGCUUCUUCAGUUUCUUGAAGAGACUUCUUCACUUUUCGGUGUUACAAGACAAUGCGUAAUAGCUCGUGAACUGACAAAAAUUCAUGAAGAGUUUUGGCGGGGUACAUUGGGGGAAGCAGAACAAUGGUUUACAACUCACCAGCCAAGAGGUGAAAUUACAGUAUUGAUUGAAGGAAAAGAAGAUUCUCCGGUUGAAACUCCAUCAGAGUCUCAGCUUGAGAAUGAGUUGAGAGAUUUGAUCUCCAAUGGGCAUAGUCUUUCUACGGCUGUCAAAUUAGUAGCUGAUGGAACAUCGGUGAAAAGGAAAACGAUAUAUUCAAUUGCAUUGAGAAAAUUCGGGAAGCAACAACUUGUUUCAGAGAGUGAUUCUUCAGAUCCAUCAAAGCCACAUCGAGAGUGACCUCAGAUGCUUCCUGGUGUAAAAGUUCAAUUUGCUGAGUGAACUAGUGACUUGUAUGUCUAGUGUAAUUCACAUUUUUACUCCAAUCUGUAUGUCUCCCGGAUUACAGGUGCUGCUAAAAUUAGAGCAAAAGCAGAGAGAUGUAGUAGAGACUAAGAAUCACUGUUUUACUGAAUGAUGUCUCUAAUUAAUUACAAGGCUCUAGUAGUUCAUAUAUUUUA